AUGAAAAAAUUAAUACAGUAAAAAGGUCUCCUACCUGCUAAACCUUCACAAAAUGAUUUGUUGAAUGAAGCAAGACAAGCCUUUUUAAAAAAGUAGAGAACCUAAAAAGAAUAAGAACAAAUUCAAUAAUUUAUGUUAUCAUUAAGUUUCGUAUAAAAAUUGAAAGCUUAAUAUGGACCUCUUAUUGUUGCUGAUUUAUGUAAAAACAUAUCUUAUUUGAGAAUACCUGCUGGUAAUCCAAGUAAAUAUCUUAUUAAUUAUAGUCAUCUAAAUUAAUAAAGAAAACAGAACUUUUUAUGUAAUCUUAUCUGGCAAAGUAAGUAUUAGCAUAUAUGUUCAAAAAGGUUAAAGGAAAAGUUCUUUGAAAGUUAUAUAAAAUAAUAACAUUACUUAGCACACUAGUAUAUAAUAAAUUCAAUAAUCUUCAACAUAAGGUGCACUUCUAUCUUAACCAUCUUUAAAAGGAGAAGAAGAUUAAUUUAGUCUUCAAGAAAUUAAAACACUUGAAUAAGGUGAUUCUUUUGGUGAAUUAGCCUUAAUAAAAGAUAAUCUAAAAGCAACAGCAACAGUCACAACUAAAACAGAUUGUGAAUUUGGUUGUUUAACACGAAAACAAUAUAUAGACAUAUUAGGAAAAAUCAGUAAAGUUAUUAUUAUAUUAAGUUUAGAAUUUACAUCAUGAAAAAUUAGUUUUUUUAUAGACAAUUCCUCCUCUAAGAUUAUGGAAUGAUGAAGAUCUUAAAUAAUUAUCUUAUUAUUUGGUUUUGAAGCAUUAUGUAAGAAAUUAAGUAGCUGUUAAAGAAGGAGCAGAUAAUUCUUAAAUUUUUGUUGUUAAAUAUGGAGUAUUUCAUGUUGUAAAAUAAUAUCAAGGAUAAUAAUUAAUUUUAAGUGAACUUUAAGAAUCAGAAAUAUUUUAUUAACAUCCUACUGAAUUGAAAUAUUAAUUUACUCUUAGAUGUGCUUCAGAUGGAUCCAGUUUAUAUGAAUUCUCAUAAUAUGACUUUAAAAAAUAUGCAGAAAAUAAUAGCUUAGAAGAUUUCAUAAAUUUAGAAAAACAAAAAUAAAUUUGGAGAAUGAAAAAGUUUGAAGAAAGAGUAUAUGAUGUUAGAGAUGUACAUCAUUAAGAAUAAGAGCUUAUUGAAACUAAAAUAGAAUUUAAGAAAACUAUUAAAUUAUAUGAAGAUCUUAAUAUUAGAUGUAAAUCUGCUAAGAGAAAAAAGACUCCUGUUUAAACUGAAGAAAAUGCUUUUCAAAAAACUUAAAGAUAAGCUUAAUUGGCACUUAAGAAAAAUUAAAUCCUUAGAUUUGGGGAUGAUUCUAGUGAAAAUUCAUUCACACUUCCUGCUAUUAGAAGUACUUCAAGAAAAAAGAUUUACGUAGAUUUAAUUGAUACCGAAAAGAGCUUUGAAACACUUGAUUAAUACAAAAUUGGAGAUAGUGAAAAAUACUAAUUGUACUUUGAUCAUUCACAUCCUUGGAGGAAUUUAAAUCAAAAAAAACAAAUUUAUAAUUGA